AUGGAGUGUAUGCUUGAAGCUCACAUGUACAAUGAUCUAGAGGAAUUGCUAACUACUCUCACUGCCUACAUCAACGCCAAAUACCAUAUAGUCCACGACCUUAAGAGCAUUGGUGGAAUAACGCAGUCGUCUGGAGACACUAAGUUCUUGAACAGUCGCAUCGCACAAAAACGCGUUCUCACGCAUCAUGUCUUUCAAGAUCAGGUCCGAAAACAACCAAACCACCCCUUUCUUGUCUUUGAGGGCAAGACAUGGUCGUACAAGGAGUUCUCUGAGGCAUAUACGAGGGUUGCGAACUGGCUAGUUGAUGAGCUGGGCGUACAGGUAGAGGAGAUAGUCGCAAUUGAUGGUGGGAACAGUCCGGAACAUCUCAUGCUUUGGUUUGCACUUGAUGCAAUCGGUGCGGUUACGAGUUUUUUGAACUGGAACCUGACAGGGGCGGGGUUGGUUCACUGCAUAAAGCUGUGUAAUUCUCGAUUCGUCAUUGCAGACAUCGAUGUUAAAGCGAAUGUUGAACCGUGCCGUGACGAACUCGAGAAGACGGACAUCAAAAUCCACUAUUAUAAUCCAUCGUUCUUUUCAUCGCUAUCAAACACCACGGCCAUUCCCGACAGUCGUACUGAAAACAUUAAACUAGAGUCGGUGCGAAGCCUACUAUACACAUCCGGAACCACUGGCCUGCCCAAAGGUGUGUGCACAACCUCCCUUCGCGAGCUUAUGGUUGGCUGGUCAAUGUCAGAACAUCUAAAUAUCAAGCCUGAAAGUCGAAUGUAUACAUGUAUGCCGCUCUACCAUGGCGCUGGACACAGCCUCUGUACAGCAACAACUAUUCAUGGCGGAGAUACAGUGGUGUUAGGCAGGAAAUUCUCACACAAGACGUUCUGGCCUGAAGUUGCGGCUUCAAAGGCAAACAUCAUUCAGUACGUCGGUGAGUUAUGUCGAUAUCUCCUUAAUGGCCCAAAGAGCCCGUACGAAAGGGACCAUAAGGUGCAGAUGGCGUGGGGCAAUGGCAUGCGUCCAGACGUGUGGGAACUGUUCCGUGAGCGCUUCAACAUACCAGUCAUUCACGAGCUCUUCGCCGCAACCGAUGGCCUCAGAUCGUCAUUCAAUUGUAACGCGGGUCCUUUUACAGCAAAUUUACUGGUCAAGAUGGAUCUCGAUGCUGAAGAGAUCGUGAGAGACCGCAAGGGAUUUUCGAUACGAUGCAGUGUCAAUGAACCCGGUCAAAUGCUUUAUCGGCUCACACCUGGAAUGAUGGCUACUGUACCGAACUACUAUAAUAACGGGGCGGCCACGCAGAAGAGACUAAUUACAGAUGUGUUUGAAAAGGGUGACAUAUGGUUCAAGUCCGGUGACAUGUUUCGGCAAGACGCUGAAGGCCGAGUCUUCUCUGUCGAUCGACUCGGCGAUACGUUUCGCUGGAAAUCCGAAAACGUGUCUACCCAUGAAGUCGCGGACAUGAUGGGCACAUUCCCCCAGAUUGCUGAAACCACUGUAUAUGGUGUCCUUGUGCCAGGUCACGAUGGCCGAGCUGGCACAGCCUCAAUUGCCAUGGCAGACGGCGUGACAGAGUCGACAUUCGACUUCGUUGGCCUUGCAGAGCACGCCCGAGCUCGGUUGCCGGGCUAUGCUGUACCGCUGUUCCUGAGAGUUACUCCGGCACUCGAAUAUACAGGAACGAUGAUGGUUAGUAAAGGGCGCCUCAAACAGGAAGGUAUAGACCCGGAGAAAAUUACGGGCGGAGAUAAGUUAUACUGGCUGCCGCAUAGAAGUAAUAGGUAUUCACCAUUUGGAAAGACGGAAUGGCAGGGACUUGAGGAUAAGCGCGUACGGCUGUAG